AUGUUCCGAAGUUAUUAUGUUUCUAACAUUAGUCAACGCAGUUAUAUUAGACAACGAUAUAGCGCAUUCAAUAUAGCUUCGACGUUAAACAGAACAAAUGAUAACAUAGCUACUGAUAGUAAUGAUCAUGAUAUUAUAGAUAUUUAUGAUGAAGACGAAGAAAUGACGCCAACCAUCGAUACAAAAAGUGCAGAAAGUGAAAAAGUGAGCGAAGAUGAUAUAGCGUUCGAAAGUGAAUAUGAAAGGAUGAUGGAGGAGUUUAAUGAGGGCGACGAAUAUGAAGGUGAUAGAGGAGGUAAUGAAAAUGAAAGUGAUGAAGAAACAAGCGAAGAAGCAUCAGAUGAGGAAAUCAUUGAUCAACCUCUCAAUAAUGAACAACUGCCACAUUUCACACAGUCAAAUGAAUUCAAUCCAUAUUUCAACAAUAUCACUGAAUCCCUCAAUUCUUCACUAGCUACUCAAGCAUAUGACAAACUAGUUGAUAUUAUCCGUCAUCCACAGUUCAAAAAAGAUGACGUUGUGCCAAAUAGCCGACGAUUUAGGAAAUAUAGACGGAGAUAUCAUUCAUCAUAUUUGAACAAUCCUUCAAUAUCAGAUAAUAUGUACUUCGGACCGGGCCAGGAAGUCACCAAGAGUAAAGAAUUUUGGCACGGUAAUAUUUGGAAGGAAUCGCCAAAGUUUGGUCAAGCGUCUAUCACAAUCGCUCAAAAUAUUUAUUACUCGGGAGAUUUUGUAAUAUACAGAGAAUCUAAGGAAGCAAAAGGACUUGGUCGUAUAUUAGCGAUUAUACAACAAGAUGGCCAGUUAAAGAUUAAAAUCCAACGAAUUUUAAUAUUCAAAGAUUUACCAGGAAAUCUACAAAGCAAUAAUCGAAAACAAAGAUCCCAAGAAGGCGAACUUUGGUUUAUGGACCGAGAGAUGGAUGAUGCAAUCAUGAACGUCGAAUCACAAGCAAUAGUCAAUCAGUUAAACAUUUCUAUUCUUUAUGAUAAUGUUGCAAAUGAUCCUCAUUCGUAUAAAAUUAGGGAAAUUCUCUACAAACAUAACGGUCACUGGAAGAUAAGGCAUGUCAAGUAUUCAUAUCAACAUCCUUCGGAAUUCGUGACAUUGGAAGAACCAAGAACAUCUCUUCCGAUCUACAAGUUAUUUAUCGAUUUGUACUAUGACGACUUUGGGACAUUCCGCAACAUCUAUCAUUCGUUAGGCGGCGUUUACAUUCAAAUAGGCAAUAUGCCGCUUACCGAAAGACAUCAUCUCAAAAACCAUUUCAUGCUAGGAUUCGUUCCUUUUGGUGGUUCCUUCGAUGAAUUUAUCAAACCAUUCGUUACAGAAAUGAAGGUGUUAGAGAAAGGAAAAAUUAUGGACAUUCGAGGAAAUGAAUGCAUCGUUAUUGCAAGUCUUGGUUCCCGUUAUCAUCACCAGUCUGAUAAGCAAUUUGAGGAAAUAUAUGCGGCACAAACUAUUACAGAACGUAAAGCAAUCGCGGCUGAAUACGGAUUACGGUUAAAUCCAUCAAUACUCGAUCAAUUGAAGAGGGAAAGACAUCUACAGUCUCCCCAAGACGCAUAUCAUCUUACGGCUGGAAAAGUUCUGAGAUUUCUCAAGAUUACAAUCGAAGCACUUUCAUCAGAAGGAAAAUCAAAAUUUAUUACGGUUUGGAAGUCCUUUGAAUAUCCAAAGACUUGGCGAAAAUUGCCAAACCUGAUAUCACAUAUUGACAGUUUCAUGAUGUCGGACUGUUUACAACUGACCAUGAUGUUUCCUUUUAUUCUUAAUAGAUUUUUGAAAAAUACACAUUUUAAGAACUUGGAACUUGAGUUAUUUCAACGUCGAACGGGAGUUACUUGA